UCGGCAAACUAUGUGGAAUUGUUUGUAGACCGAAAGGAAAAGUAAUUGCCAGUUUCCUUAAUCAGCGGUAGUGAAGGCCGGCACAUCAGAUCAAAAAAAAAAGAAGACACUUAUAAUAGCGUGUUAAAGAAAGUAAGGAAGCAAUGUCAAUAUCCUGGCAGUGUCCGCUAUUUGGUUCCUAUUUAAAUGAAUUGUUUUUCUCGAAAAAUUGGACUUUUUUUAGGAGAAAUCAUCUACUUCACUUGUGCCAAAAAAGUCAUUGAAAUGGUGAAUUUCUUCCAAAUCUCAAAAGUGUCUAUUUUGUCAGUUAUUCUAGUCUCUUUAUUGUUGAGUAGCAUGCAUCCUCAAUAUCAGUCAGUUUCUGCUUUACUUCAUGGCAACAGUGGAGGAGGUGGGAGUGGAAUUGAAACACUUCUCGCCGCUGGAAUACUUGCUAAGUUGUUAGGAAGAAGGCAUCACGGUCAUCAUAGUGUACCUAUUCACAUUCCAUAUCCUGUUCAUCAUGAUCAUGGUCAUCAUCACCAUCACGGAAGAUAGAAAAUAAUUACAAGACAAGAGUUUUCUUGUAGUUCUCAUUCAUUUAUUUCACUGUAAAAAUUGCAUUUGAUUCAAUGUCCCAAUCAAAUAAAGAGUGU